CGCGUGUACGGGAUGAGGGCGGUACUUCCGGCCGGGGCACCACCGGGGGGCGGGGCCUGGAUCGCGACCCCGGCCCGCGACUGCGACCCUGGCCGCGACCUCUACUCUUUGUCCGCCCGCAUGGCCCGGCAUGUGUUCCUGACGGGGCCCCCAGGGGUUGGAAAAACAACAUUGAUCCAGAAAGCCAGUGAGGUUUUAAAGUCCUCUGGUGUGCCUGUUGAUGGAUUUUAUACAGAAGAGGUCAGGCAGGGAGGGAGAAGAAUAGGAUUCGAUGUCGUCACGUUGUCCGGCACUCGGGGGCCUUUAUCUAGAGUCGGAUUAGACCCUCCACCUGGAAAACGAGAAUGCCGAGUUGGGCAGUAUGUGGUUGAUGUGACUUCAUUUGAGCAAUUUGCCCUUCCCGUCUUGAAGACCGCAGGUUCCAGCGGCAGCCCGGGGCAGAGAGUGUGUGUCAUCGAUGAGAUUGGGAAAAUGGAGCUCUUCAGUCAGCCUUUCAUCCAGGCUGUUCGUCAGACACUGUCCACCCCUGGGACUAUAAUUCUGGGCACAAUCCCAGUCCCUAAAGGAAAACCGCUGGCCCUUGUGGAAGAAAUAAGAAACAGAAGUGAUGUGAAGGUGUUUAAUGUCACCAAAGAAAACAGAAACCACCUCCUGCCAGAUAUCGUGACAAGCGUGCAGAGCAGCAGGAGGUGAAGACCACGACCAUGUGCGUUCCUGCCUUCUGCACGUAGAGAAGUGCCCCGGUUCAGGAGGAGCCUGGCCAGAGCUUUGUGCCUGUGGGGUUACGAAACCUUGUGGGCUUUUCCAGAGAAAGCUUGACAGCUGUUUCUUGUAAAGUGUUUAAAGAUCAAACUGGCCUUAAUGUUGGAUUGACUGUGCAAGAUUAACAAUCCGUUGUGGGUUAUUUAUACUUAAAGAUUUCUGUUUAUUUCCUCUUGCAGUCUUGCACAUGAUUUGGGUCAAUUAUGAGAUGAGAAAUUGUUUUCAGAGUAUCAGAAGGAAUUUGCCCCCAUUGAAGUUUAUAAAUGUGUUCGGGGGAGGGAGAGAAAGGAGUUCACUACCUAAUCAAUUUGGCAUGUCAUGAAAACUAAAUUCCUUUCCAGGUGUAGCUUUUGUCUCAUGCAACUUGAAGUGAUAAGUUAUUUGAUUUUUAAAAAUUGUUAUUUCAAAAGAAAACCAUUUUAGUUCCUGCCUCCACCCAAUCUCUUAUUCUUUGCUUAUUGCUAAUAAAUAUAUAGAAAUUCU